GGUUUCACUAAAGCCACUAGUUCAUUUUAUUUCAAAGUUAAGCCAGUUAAGCCACUUUUUUACUGAUGCAAAACGGUUUCAAUUAAAGUACAACUUUGGCAAAAUCUGAAUUGCAAAUGGCAAAAGAUGAGUGCAGCUUUGGCAGAAAAUGUUACCGGCUCAAUCCGAUUCAUUUCAGGGAAUACUCUCAUGCUCACUUGAAUGAUUUAAUAGAGCAACUCGGAUUAAACACUGGGAGCGACAGUUUCGAAAUUCCCAGCAGCUUCAAAACGGAACUCUCGCACGAUGUCAUUAAACAACAAGUUGGUGUUGUUUUGUCCGUUAAAAAACACAAGGCGAUGGCUUCUGAUUAUGCUGCUUCUGUGUCUGGCCAAUCUUCAGCUGCUGGGAGUAGUUCGUCGCACAGUCGUGCCAAAGAAGCAAAACCUGCUGACAAUAAGAAGUCGAGUGUUUUAUCAAAAUGGGAAAAUGCGGCUCCUUUUCACUUCUUCAUGACAGUUGUUCCAAACAUUCCUCAAACACUAGAAGAACGCCUUAGCAUCAGUUUGGCCGAUCUGUACGAUGAAAGCUUGGGAGAAAUUGAGGAGUCCCUGCAAAUUAACUUCAUGAUUGACGUUAAUUUUCUAAUGAAAAAUUUGGCUGUGUCGAAAUGCUUAGACAAGCCUUUGCUGGCUUUGUACGAAACAAGCAACGUUGAAGACCUGAAGAGUCGGAAAAACAUGAUCAAAGCUGUCUGUGUGAAGCCGAAAUCUAUGUUUGGUCAUCAUCAUACAAAAAUGUCAAUAUUUCUCUACAAAGACAAAAGUAUCAGGGUAGUUGUGUCAACAGCUAAUCUUAUAGAAGAAGACUGGAACGACUACUCCCAAGGGGUGUGGAUAUCACCAUCUUGCCCACCAGCGCCGGACAAGAGCAAGGGCGAGUCUUGCUCAGGAUUCAGGUCGGCUUUGGCAUCGUACCUCGGAGCAUACAAACUGAAAGAUUUGGAAAAAUGGAUUCAACUUGUUCGCGGAGCUGAUUUUUCUGAAGUCAAGGUGUGUUUAGUUGCUUCCGUCCCUUCAACUGGAAGCAGCGAAGUGAGACAGUGGGGCCUUGGUCGAGUCAAGUCGCUGCUGCAAAAGUUCGUCAGGGCCGAAGCUGUUGAACCGAACUGGCCCCUGGUGGUGCAGUGCUCUUCUAUAGGCUCGCUGGGCAGCAUGCCUUCUGACUGGCUUGAAAGCCAACUCAAGGUUGCCAUGCUGGGCAGUGCCGCAAAUGCGCAAUCCAAAACUCCGCUUAAAAUGGUCUAUCCGUGCCUUAAAGAUGUGAAGGACAGCUUGUCAGGUGGGGGUUGUCUUCCGUACUCGUUCGCCACCCACCGCAACCAAACCUGGCUGACGGAGUUCGUGCACAAGUGGCGCGCAGACGGCAGGAAGAGAAGCCGCGCAAUGCCGCACAUCAAAACCUACUGCCGACUCUCUCCCGACUGGAAGAAAGCAGCGUGGUUCCUGCUGACCAGUUCCAACCUGUCCAAGGCCGCGUGGGGCCGCAGCACGCAUCAGGGUAAAGGCCAGAAUAUUUUAUCCUACGAAGCAGGCGUUUUAUUCAUCCCGCAACUGAUGAUUCAGAAAAAUCAUUUCGACAUCUCCCAUUUGGCGUCGCAGGAAGGCGAGAAAUUGCCUUUCCCGUUUGAUUUGCCGCCUGUGAAGUACGAGUCGUCCGACAAACUGUGGGUCGCAGAGUAUAUGGUCCAGUAGGAAUAAUUUUUUAUUAAGUUGAAAUAAAU